CAAGGAGUUUAUAUUCAUUCAACUUGUUGAAGUGCUCCAACUGCAGUGUGGAGAACAGUCUGCGCCCGGGCUGCGCCUUCGAGGCUGGAUUCAUCCACAAGUGGUGCGUAAAGAUUCAUCCACCAGUGAUGCUGAUGGUGAACAACAAGCUCUAACAUGGACUGAUUUUGAGUCAACAUGGCAAACGCAGACAGUGAGGUGAAAACGCUGCUGAAUUUCGUAAAUUUGGCAUCGAGUGACAUCAAGGCAGCUCUUGACAAGUCAGCUCCGUGCAGACGCUCCGUGGACCACAGGAAAUAUCUGCAGAAGCAGCUGAAGCGCUUCUCCCAGAGGUACUCCAGGGUGCCAAGGUGCCACACGCACAGGCCUGCGGAAUACGCGUUCGGCAGACCGGCUGCGGGGACUGCGCAGCAGAGCGUAAAGGGCGCAGACAAGGUCAGGUCGGAUGCACAGGACGUGGAGAAUGCUGGGAGCGCGGUGCAGGUGCCCAUGAGGAAGCGCCAGCUCCCGGCUUCGUUUUGGGAGGAACCCAAGUUGACCCCAGCUAAGAAGGAGCGCUCAUUGAAAAGAGGCCCUGCAGGUGCGUCUGAGGGCGGGGACCACGAGAAGCGGAAGAGGAGUUGUGGUGAGGACGCAAAUAAGGCCGCGCUGCCUGCGUCCGGCCGGCGCAGCUCUGCGGACAAAGAGCCGCUCAAACUGGACCUGAGCUCUCAUCACUGCGUGAGCGUGUGCGGCUGCUGCCCCUUCCAGUACCACGGACACCAGGUCCUCCAUAGUCACAUCGUUGUCCCCCACCCGCCCCUGGGACUGUGGAGCAAGGCAGCAGGGACAGAGACACCAGAGCAUCCUUAUGGACAGAAGCUUCACACACAUGUCGUGGUCAAACCCAUUCCCACCAAACCCACCGUCCAGUCUCCCAUCUUCAGUGUGUUUGGAUUCAUUUAAUUCCUCUACGAAUGAACCCACACACAGAUGUAAAUAUGACUACUUCUUGUUACUGUGUGCUUCACACAGCCACUUCCAUUUUCAGUAUUUGAUCAGAAGACUCUUUUCUCAAGCACUUAUUGGAUUUCUUCAUUUAUUUUUAUUGCUUAAAUCUAAAGGACUAAAUUGCACUUCUCUGCAGAAUGAGUUAAUCAGCUUCAUUUUCUCGUGACACCACACAAGUCUCUUAAAUUUGACAGUAAGUUAAAGAAAGGUUUCUACUUUUAGGUUUCUGCAGACGCUGACUGUUCUUUUUUAAAGUAGGAAGAAGCCAUGCAAAUGAAUGAACGCAUCCUGUUUUAGUUUCCUCUUUCAACUUUGAGAAUAGAACGUGGGACGUAGACUUCUUUUUUUGUUUGUCAAAGUCGUGUCUGAUAUAGGCACAUUUGAAACCG